AUGAAGGCCCUCAAGGAUGAGUACGAUUUGGGGUACCGCAAUCUCGAGGACCCAAAGGAACCCUCGACCCGCCCGUUAUCGACCUCCAGACCAUUGCUCCUGCAGAAUCAGACCUCGAAAUUCUGGUUGUCAGGCUGGACCUGGGAGAUUGUGAGCUGUGUCACUGCCGUGGCGGCUCUGGUCGCCAUCAUCAUCGUCCUCUACAACUAUGAUAACCGGCCUAUGCCGGACUGGCCAUAUGGCAUCACUCUCAAUGCCGUGAUUUCCGUGCUGGUGACCCUAAUGAAAGCGGCCAUGAUCUUCCCAAUUACCGAGGGACUGUCGCAGUUGAAAUGGUCCUGGUUCAACCAGCGAAACCAACUGAGCGACCUGUCACUACUGGACGCGGCCAGUCGCGGAGCUUUCAGCGCCACCUUUGUUCUGUUCCGCUUUCUACCUCGUCACUUGGUAUCUAUCGGAUGCUUUAUAAUGGUGGUUGCUGCGGCCAUUGCGCCGUUCGUGCAGCAAGUCAUCAACAUCACAUCGCAGCCCGUCCACUCGCCCGAUCAUUCCGCCAUUCAAGUCUGCAAUACAAGCAGCUACGUCGACUAUGGCGAAGGCGCCGGGCCGGGUAUGAACAAGGUUCCUCUAUCCACAACCGGGGCUAUCUACACCGGUAUUUUUCAGAGUGAAGGUCCUGACAGCAACACGGUUACCAUGACAUGUCCCACGGGGAAUUGCACUUUCACCCCUUAUCAAUCGCUCGGGUUUUGCAGUCGCUGCGCCAACAUCACCGACAGCCUCACCCUGCAUAAAACAUCGGUUGUUAGUACCAUGGCCAAUUACAAUUACACCCUACCCAAUGGAUUCAGCUUUGAGACCUCCUGGAGCAUGAUGUAUCUGAUGAACGCUACCAACGGCCUGAACCUCGUCAAACUCGACACCGAAAACCUACCGGUGAUACUGAACUUCACCGCCAUCAGCGCUGCCGGCUACGGUGUGCCACCACAAAUCAGCGCCACCGAAUGCGCCCUCUAUUUCUGCGUCAAGUCCUACGAAGCCUCGGUCCAAAAAGGCCGCUACAACGAAACCCUGGUAUCUACAGCCUCAUCCUCAAACUACUCCGCCACAUCAGCGACCAGCGACAUCUCGCUCACACCGGAAACAUGCUAUGUGAACGGCACCAAACACCCCGACCGCACAGACUGCACCUACAACGUUAGCUGGCUCAGCCGGCUAGCCAUGUACAACUCUCUGACUCCCUUGAUAAAAGGCAAGGGCUCACUCUUCGUCAGCAACCGGCCCGACUGGUCAUCCGACACCAUGCGCGCCGUCUACGGCGUAGAGGGCAAUUACACCGACAUCAACUCGAUGUUCCAAUCACUCGCGGGCGCAUUGACAACCCAUGCGCGCAACGCCGUGUGCAAGGCGUCCGUCAACGGCACGACCUGGACUGUCGAGUCAUUCGUACACGUCAAGUGGCCGUGGAUGAUUCUACCCAUUGCACUAAUGGUCUUGACCCUCGUUUUCCUCAUCACGACGAUAGUCCGGACGCGGAACCAGUUUAUCUGGAAGUCGUCGCCGCUGGCGUUGUUGUUCUCGGAUGUGGCUGUGGAGGCACCACACGCGUUCGAGCGCAGUCCGGAUUUGACCCAUAUGGAGGCGGCAUCACGCAAGAUGAAGGUGUGGUUGGAGACGACGACAGGAGGGGCGAAGUUGAAGGCAGUCGUGGGGUGAUGCUAC